CUCUCCGACUCAUCCCUCUAACAACUCCACCUCUGCAUGCAUCCCUCCACCCCUCCGUCUUCAUGUCUCUCUAUAUACAUCUGUCCAUCCCUCCACCCCUCCAUCUUCAGGUCUCUAUAUACAUCUGUCCAUCCCUCCACCCCUCCAUCUAUAUACAUCUGUCCAUCCCUCCAUCUUCAGGUCUCUCUAUAUACAUCUGUCCACCCCUCCACCCCUCCAUCUUCAUGUCUCUCUAUAUACAUCUGUCCAUCCCUCCACCCCUCCAUCUUCAGGUCUCUAUAUACAUCUGUCCAUCCCUCCACCCCUCCAUCUAUAUACAUCUGUCCAUCCCUCCACCCCUCCAUCUUCAUGUCUCUAUAUACAUCCCUCCAUCUUCAGGUCUCUCUAUAUACAUCUGUCCAUCCCUCCACCCCUCCAUCUUCAGGUCUCUCUAUAUACAUCCCUCCAUCUUCAUGUCUCUCUAUAUACAUCUGUCCAUCCCUCCACCCCUCCAUCUUCAGGUCUCUAUAUACAUCUGUCCAUCCCUCCACCCCUCCAUCUAUAUACAUCUGUCCAUCCCUCCACCCCUCCAUCUAUAUACAUCUGUCCAUCCCUCCACCCCUCCAUCUAUAUACAUCUGUCCAUCCCUCCACCCCUCCAUCUAUAUACAUCUGUCCAUCCCUCCACCCCUCCAUCUAUAUACAUCUGUCCAUCCCUCCAUCUUCAGGUCUCUAUAUACAUCUGUCCAUCCCUCCACCCCUCCAUCUUCAGGUCUCUAUAUACAUCUGUCCAUCCCUCCACCCCUCCAUCUAUAUACAUCUGUCCAUCCCUCCACCCCUCCAUCUUCAUGUCUCUCUAUAUACAUCUGUCCAUCCCUCCACCCCUCCAUCUUCAUGUCUCUCUAUAUACAUCUGUCCAUCCCUCCAUCUUCAGGUCUCUCUAUAUACAUCUGUCCACCCCUCCACCCCUCCAUCUUCAGGUCUCUCUAUAUACAUCUGUCCAUCCCUCCACCCCUCCAUCUUCAGGUCUCUAUAUACAUCUGUCCAUCCCUCCACCCCUCCAUCUAUAUACAUCUGUCCAUCCCUCCACCCCUCCAUCUUCAGGUCUCUAUAUACAUCUGUCCAUCCCUCCACCCCUCCAUCUAUAUACAUCUGUCCAUCCCUCCACCCCUCCAUCUAUAUACAUCUGUCCAUCCCUCCACCCCUCCAUCUUCAUGUCUCUAUAUACACCCCUCCAUCUUCAGGUCUCUCAAUAUACGUCCGUCCCUCCACCUCUCUCGCCAGCACUCUUAUCUCAAAAUACCAGAAUCCUCCUCUCUAACCUCCGAACUCAUGGCUGUGUGUCAUGGCGAUGGGUUGCCAUGGUAAUCGUGGUGACAAUUUGCAUUUUGCCACUAACCAAUUGGCCACAGAUGUGAAUGUAACUUCAUAGGAUCGGUGAGGCUUCAUUGGUUCCCCAUUACGCUUCCUUAUGCUGUGGUUAACUCUGAUUGGAGCGUGGGUGCCGGCUCUGGCCAAUGAACAGUCAGGAUGAGCAUGAUGCUUGUUGGAUAAAAACAGAGAUCCUCCCCCCCUCACCUCCCUCUUUCAUCUGCUUCCCAUUUCCUCCUCGUGUGUGUGUGUGUGUGUGUGUGUGUGUGUGUGUGUGUGUGUGUGUGUGUGUGUGUGUGUGUGUGUGUGUGUGUGUGUGUGUGUGUGUGUGUGUGUGUGUGUGUGUGUGUGUGUGUGUGUGUGUGUGUGUGUGUGUGUGUGUGUGUGGUGUAAAAUCAGCAGUAGGCUUGGGCAGUAUCCAGAUUUUCCUACCGGCAAUGGACACACGGGGCACUAUUUUCAAACCCCACUGACUGAGCCUCUGUAAUCCCGAAAGGUUAAGAAUGCUAACAAGUACUUGUAAAAUCCCAUAGCAAAUGCUAACGAGCGCACUGUGAACGUCUCUGGCAUAAUCUAUUUGCAGAACAGACAUCCCAGCUCAUAACGUUAUACAAGUAACAAAAAAUGCUACUCACAGUUUGCUGUACAUAACAAAUAUUAGACAGCAGAGCUCUUGAUUCUCUGCUGUUACCAAGAGAAGCUUGAUUUGCCAAGAAGCCAACCUAGCUACUAAAUUAGCAAAACUAUUGCACAACUGCAGAGCAUUUGGCUCAUUGUAGACAGUUGACUGAAUAGUUCUAAGAUAUCUAGCUGGCUAACAUUUUAGUUGUGAUUUCUAUACUGUAACUAGAUCACAUGCUGCGCAACAGUAAGUGACUCACAAGGCUCCGGUCUCUCGUUGUGUGAUUGUGAACAAACACCACGUGACUAGCGACUAGUGACUAGCGACUAGCGAUUAGCGACUAGUAACUAGCGGUAAUCUUCAUAAUGUGACGGGUGAAAUUAACGUGAUCGGUUUUAUCUCCGAACAUAUCGUACAAGUUUACUGCAGGUAUUUACUUUUAAAGUAGCUACAAAUACUCAAAUGUAUGAAAAUAAAAACAUCAAAUAAAUAGUUUUGAUGCUAUUUGGAAAAACUAUCCGGUGGCUAUUUCUAACUAGCCGGUAUACUGCCCAAGCCGAGGGUGAAAUCAUGUCAUUUCAGAGCCCAGCAGUCCUGUGCUCUCUAGGGCUGUGUCUCAACAGUCUACUGUGGCUUUCUCUGUAACACCCUGCAUACUAUUGAGACUCACCCAUGGAGCCAGAAGAGCUGUGCACUUAUUCAGUCCUGUCUAUCAGUGUCACUUUUAUGUCUCUUAUCUGUCUCUUUCUUGCUCUCUCUCCUCCUUUCUCUCUCUCGCUCUCGCUCUCGCUCUCGCUCUCGCUCUCGCGCUCUCGUGCUCUCUCGCUCUCUCGCUCUCGCGCUCUCUCGCUCUCGCGCUCUCUCGCUCUCGCGCUCUCUCGCGCUCUCUCGCGCUCUCUCGCUCUCGCGCUCUCUCGCUCUCUCGCUCUCUCGCUCUCUCGCUCUCUCCUCCCCUCUCUCUCCCUUUCUCUCUCUCGCUCUCUCUCUCUCUUUCUCUCCCUUUCUCUCUCUCUCUCUCUCUCUCUCUUUCUCUCCCUUUCUCUCUCUCUCUCUCUCUCUCUCUCUCUCUCUCUCUCUCUCUCUCUCUCCUCCUCUCUUUCUCUCUCUCUCUCUCUCUCUCUCCUCCCCUCUCUCUCUCUCUCUCUCUCCUCCCCUCUAUCUCUCUCUCUCUCUCUCCUCCCCUCUAUCUCUCUCCUCUCUCUCUCCUCCCCUCUAUCUCUCUCUCUCUCUCUCUCUCUCUCUCUGUUUAUUUGUUCUAUCUCUCUUUCCCUUUCUCAUUUGUCCUCUCUGUCUCUGUCUCUCUUUCUGCUUCCCUCACCCUCUUGUCUUCCCCCCC